AUGUUUCAGUGUCCUUCGUGCCGCAAAAACGGGUUCAGUACUCAUGAAGCCGUCGCACACCACAUGAGCCAGCCUAGAUCCGUGUGCAGUACCUGGAUUGAAGAUGUCAUCCGCCUGAAAACAAUUAUUCAGCCCUUGGAAGAUGAUCCCAUCAAUGUCGACCAGGAGUCCUUCGUUCAUGACAACUACCACUCGGCUUCUUACAAUGACACUAACAUUCAGGCUGCUGGGGGACUAUUUGAAGAAGAACACAUCCCAGCCUCCCGUAAUGAAUUUCUCGAUCUCUUCCCGGGCUCAGCAGAAGUGUAUGAAGGAGGAUAUACAUUUCUUGGUUUGUUUGAUGCGGAUGAAAAUAGUGCGCAUCGUGUGCAUAAUCCCUAUUACCCGUUUAGUGGACGGAAAGAGUGGGAGGUCGCAUCUUGGCUGCUGCGUUCAGGCCUGAGCAUGGGUAAAAUUGACUCGUUUUUAUCGCUAGAGAUGAUCAAGGCCCUCUCCUUGUCAUUCCACUCUGCUAAGGAGUUACGAGGUCGGGCAGAGCAGCUGCCAAGUGGACUGCGAUGGUUGUCUAGGGUGAUCGAAACGGCACAUCCCACGAAAUCUCCUGUGGUUCUGUACUGGCGGGAUCCUCUAGAAUGCAUCGCCAGCAUUAUGAACAAUCCUUCCUUUCGCAAUCAAUUCAAUGUCAUGCCUCAAAAGGUGUACUCUACCGCAAAGCGAACCUGUCGCAUCUACUCAGAAUGGAUGACAGGUGACGACGCAUGGAAUAUGCAGUCAGCGCUGCCUGAUGGUGCUACUCUCCUCGGAAUUAUGUUAGUCGCGCACCCUCUCAUAAUCAGUCUAGCGAACAUAUCUAUGAACACUUGCGCCAAAAUCUCAUCCGACUCCUUUCUCCUUACUGCUCUACUGCCGGUGCCUAAAUUCAUUCACAAGAAGAAACACAUGCGGGGUGUAUUGGAGGACCGCCUCAUACACCAGUGCUUAGACAUCGUUCUUGAACCGCUUAAGAGAGCCGCUCGUGUUGGAGUCAUGAUGUUGGAUCCCAUGGUUGUCUAUACAUGGGCUGACCCCCUUGAUCUUGAAGCAUUUUUCCGUGAAGCGCAGAAAUUUCAAUUGAAUGGAGUUGCUGAGUCAUUUUGGCGCGAUUGGAUUCUGGCCGAACCAUCCCAUUUCUUCACUCCUGAACUCCUGCACCAUGUACACUGGGAGUUUUGGGAUCACGAUGCGAAAUGGCUCAUUAAUGCUCUUGGGGAAUCUGAGAUUGAUUUUCGCUUUUCUGUCCUACCUCGCAUUACUGGGUUGCGACAUUUCCAUGGAGGUAUUUCGAAGUUAAAACAAGUCACUGGCCGGUGUCAACACGACAUCCAACACUAUAUCAUUGCAGUCUGUGCUGAUGCUGCACCUCAAGGUGUCCUUACUGCCAUAUGUGCUCUCAUGGACUUCCGGUAUCUUGUGCAAGCUAGCCGAAUCGACGAUGACGGCCUUGAGCGUAUUUCUGCUGCACUAAAUAAAUUUUAUGCCCACAAAGACGCCAUCAUCACUGCUGGUCUUCGUCGUGGGGAGGGUAAAAAGGUCAUCACCAACUGGCAUAUCCCCAAACUUGAGUUCAUGCAGAGCAUUGUCCCGAGCAUCUGCAAUACUGGUGUCCCCAUGCAAUGGACUGCGGAUGCAACAGAACAUGCUCAUAUCACUGUCGUUAAAGUUCCAGCUCGGUCGAGCAACAAUAAUAAUUACGACCCGCAAAUCUGCCGUCAUCUUGAUCGUGAGGAGAAGUGCUGUCGCUUUGACCUUGCCACAAGUCUACUCGAUCACAACAAGCUACGAUCAACAACUGUGGUUGAAGUUGACGAGGGAUAUGAGGGUGACGAGGGUGAUGAGGGUGAUGUUGAUGAAGAUAUACCAGCGGACCUCUUAUCCACUGUUGCUUUCCCUGGUCGCUCACGGCCAAUCAUGAAUUAUUUCAUGGUUCCAAACAGUUUAUGCCACAAGGAUGUUGGCACUGUCCCUCGACCAUUACACAUGUUCACUGUUGGACAGACAGCAUUCCAUCUUGCUUACAGUCCAUCAAUCAGAAGUAUCACUGUUGACGAGGCAGCUGUAAAAUUUGGUCUUCCGGACUUACGACCUGCCAUCGCUGAUUUUCUCUACCACCAUGUAGGUGGGGGGCGAAGAGCUGGACCUGACGUACAACUUCCAUUCGACAACUUGCAAGUGUGGUUCAAACUGCGCUUGCAAGACACAGACUUUCAUGAUUCCAGCGCUAUACAACCUGUGCAAACCCUCAAUUGCACACCCCCUUGUGCUGCAUGGCCCUGGGGCCGCUUUGAUACUGUUCUCAUUAAUACCUGCGCUGGUUUCUCGUGGCCUGCCAGUGGGUUUCAAGGUCAUAGCGUGGUUCAAAUCAGGCUCAUUAUGAGGCUUCUCACAGGGAAUGCAUUGCAAGACUGCUUCCUCACUUACGUUCAUCGCUUUGAUUCUGUCACACUGUUGGGAUCUGAUGGUCGUGACCCGACUACACAGCUACAUGUCUUCAAGAGGGCUAAGAGGUCGAAUGGAACUCGCCUUGGCGAUGUAAUCUUACUGUCCCAGGUCAAGUCUCCCAUAAACCUCAUACCUCGGUUUGGUAGCAUUGCAGAUAACCGUCUCACUACUUCUAACUGCAUGGAACACUGCUCGGAGUUUUGGCUAAACAAAUACUGGAACAAACAAUUAUUUUUCUCCUUAUCUACAUAA